GGAAGUGGGCGGGGCUUCUUCAGGUUUACAGGAAAUAAAAGUUUCAGGAAGUAAACUCGCCUGUGGGACUUCUUUUGUUUUCGUCGCUAAAAUAACUACAGAAAAGCUAAAAGUGUAAAAGACCAGAUAGUAUUAAAGCUAUUUAAAGAAAAAUCGUCAGCGAGCUAACGCUGCUUACAAAGUUUAAGGUGAGGGGACCAUGAAUCGAGUCCCUCUGCAGCAGCCACAGAACUGUGGCUCGUGGGAACUGAAGGAGAGACUCGGCACUGGAGGGUUUGGGAACGUUACAAGAUGGCAAAAUAAGGACACAGAGGAGCAGAUUGCCAUAAAGCAAUGUCGUCAGGAGCUGAGCGAGAGAAACAAGGAGCGAUGGUCUCUGGAGAUCCAGAUCAUGAAGAGGUUGGAUCAUGUUAAUGUGGUCGCGGCUCGAGAAGUUCCUGAGGGGAUGCAGAAACUGGUGGCCACCAAUGAUCUGCCUCUGCUGGCCAUGGAGUACUGUCAGGGUGGAGAUUUGAGAAAGUAUCUGAACGUCCUGGAGAACUGCUGUGGAAUGAGGGAAGGCUCCGUUCUGAUUCUCUUAUGUGACAUUUCCUCAGCUUUAACCUACCUCCACAGCAAGAGGAUCAUCCACAGAGACCUGAAACCAGAAAACAUUGUGCUGCAGCAGGGAGAGAAGAGGCUCAUCCAUAAGAUCAUAGAUCUGGGUUAUGCCAAGGAGUUGGACCAAAGCAGUCUUUGCACAUCAUUUGUGGGAACUCUACAGUACUUAGCUCCAGAGCUCAUAGAGAGGCAGAAGUACACCGUCACUGUGGACUACUGGAGUUUCGGCACGUUGGUGUUUGAGUGCAUCACAGGAUUUCGUCCUUUCCUGCCAACAUGGCAGCCUGUUCCCUGGCACAAUAAAGUCAGGCUGAAGCAGGACAAUGAUAUUGUUGUUUACGAGGAUCCCUCCGGAGAAGUUCGUUUCUCCAAACAUCUGCCCCAGCCCAACAACCUCAACAGUCUUUUGUUAGAAAGGUUGGAGAGGUGGCUGCAGCUGAUGUUGAAGUGGUCCCCUAAGGAAAGGGGCAAAGACAGCAACGCUACGCCCGGAGACUGCUUCUCCCAGCUGGACUUCAUACUGCAGCUCAAGCUGGUUCAUGUCCUGAACAUGAUGUCUGCUAAAAUCCUGACCUACGUGGUAACAGAGGAUGAGACGGUGGCCGACCUGCAGCUGAGAAUAGAAAAAGACACCAACAUCCCUGCAGCCAACCAGGAGCUGCUGCUGGAGGCGGGGUUAGCCCUGGAGCCUCACGCUGUGGCCACGCAGUGCGCCGUCGAUUACUCAGAGGUGGAUGGGCGUCGAACAGAUCUGCCCCUGGUCUUCCUGUUUGARUGCUCCUCUUGCACUUAUGAACCCCAGUUUGCUCCUCGAACACUUCCUGAAAACAUUCGCUUUGUCCAAGCCGACCCAAAGCAUGUCCUGCCUUACAGCCAUCUGAGGAGGACUUGUGGCCAGGCGUGGCACACCAUCCGCUCRCUGAAGGAAGACUGGCAGCGACUGCAGCAAGGCCAGAAAGCUGCCAUCAUGAGCUUGCUGAGGCACAACUCUUCACUGUCCAAACAGAAGAACGAGAUGGUGUCCAUGUACCAACGGCUCAUAGCCAAGCUGGACUUCUUCACCACCAGCCUUCACAUCGACAUGGACAAAUAUCAGGAGCAGACGGCCACGGGGAUCGCUUCAGAGAAACUUCUGGGUGUGUGGAGGGAAAUGGAGCAAACUGCUAUCAGCUGUGGUCAGCCCAAGGUGAGUGAACUGGAAGAGGAGAUGAUGAAGCUGCAGCCAGACAUCGUGGAUGUGCAGAGGCAGCCGUUUAGGAGCGGAGAGGCCUUGGACACCCUUGAAGGAAAAGCCAUGGAGCUGUUCCGCAAACUCAGGGAGAAACCUCGAGACCAAAGGUGUCCAGGAGACAGUCAGGAGGUGGUGCGUCUGGUGUUUCAGAGRGUGCAGUUCUACGAGAGGAAGCUCAAAGAUUUCUACACACACCUCAGUAAGACGGCGCUGUGUCGUCAGCGCGUGAUGGAGCUGCUGCCCAAGGUGGAGGGCGUGGUCCUGAAYAUGGCCGAGAGCGAACAAGUCCUGAUGAGUUUGCAGGAGAGACGGCAGAGGGAGCUGUGGAACCUGCUCAAAGUCGCCUGUAGCAAAGUUCGAAGCCCUGUGAGUGGAAGUCCUGAUGGAUUACGAACCCCUUCAUCAGUGCCCCCGCUGCUGACCCCCAGACCCAGCCUACAACACGACGAGUCCCUCGUGGAGGAGAGCAGGGCGUUUGAGAGUCGCCUCCAGAGCUUGUUGCACGACACCAUCCAGGAAUCAGAGAGCAYUAUGGAGAUGCUGAGGGAGUGGACGUGGCUGCGUGGAGACCAGAACUUCUCCAGCGACCUCUCCUGAACUCGGUGCUGUACUGCCUCUGUGUGGACGUGACGUUGAACAACAGGAGUGUGUGAACUUUUUAAGACUCCUGUUUGACUUUAAAGAUGAUUCUUUUACCAAACAGUUCAAAUUCCAACCGUCUUUUUAAUUGAUUUGUUUUAUUUUUGAAGUUUGGAGAUGAUCUUCGAUUAGUUUAUAUCCAAAUAAAAGACCAGACUUGUAGUAAAAAGAAGACAUUUAGGUUGAUUUAAGAAAAAAGAAGCAUUGCUUUUUCAAUAAACAGCUUUUGAGCCAGAUGUCCAAUUGGAUUUCAGCCCAUGAAAAUGAGUUUUUCUUGUAAACUUAAUGGAUUCCAACAACGCUUUAGAAUCGACUUUGAAAACGUUUAAAAAUAUUUUUUAGCUUAAUAUUUCCAAUAAGGUACUCAUGAAAUCAAACAUCCUGAACUGAUUCAGAUUGUGCAAUAUGCUAGUUUUACUCUGAAAUGUGGGUCCACACUCAAUGUAAACAAAGCACUCAGAAAGCUUAUAGCAUAUGUUACUCCACGAGUCUGAGUAUAAAUUGUGCCAGUACACAAGUUCUCCAUGAUGGGACGUCACCGCUGACUUAUUUUCAGCCACUUCGGCUGUUUUUGUUGGCAAACACAUGAGGUAGUUGGCAGUUGUUCAGAUUUUUGGACACAUUAACCAUCAAUAUAAGAAAAACAUUAUCUAGAACUGAUCUUUUUGACAAUCAUUGCUCUGAGUACCUUUUAAAUCUUGAUGAAUACAUAAAUCAGUGUGUUUCUGUACAUACUGUGUGUCAUACUGUUGCAGCAAUAAGAUGCCUUUUUUACAACGUUCACCCCUCAGGAAGUGCUGUAAAUAGGUAGUAUAAAGUAAUGUUGUCUUGUGUYUUGUACAGAUGUUCUGAUGUUAGGUUUUAAUAACAUCAGAAAAUUGAUUUUUUUGACAAUUUGUAAAACUAAUUUUGUACCAUUUUUUUAACUUGUGUAACGGGUGUUUGUUUUGAUCAUUUCCAUUAUUUCACAGGCUCGGGCUCUUUUUCUAUCAUUGUGUCAUCAAAUAAAAAUAAAGCCAUCCA